CACUCCGCUCCCAGCAGUCCCACGCACCCACAGAGCAGGGGUGCCUCCAGCUCCUUCCCUUCCCAGGGCAUUUGGGGAAAGCCUCAGUGGGAGAGCAGAGGUGGAGCAUUUCCCCCCUUGUGCCCCCAUAGCACAGUGAUGGUCUGGGUUCAGGAUGCUGGGGGUGAUGCUGGUGCUGGGUGUCAGUGCUUCGUGCUGCUUGGGGGUGCACAGUGCUGAGUGCUGGAGAAAGGCACUGGGUUCAGGAUGCUGGUGUAGGGGGUCCCAGUGCCCUGUGCUGGCACAGGAUGCCUGCAUCGGGGUGCCAGUGCUGGAUGCUGCUACAGGGCUCCGGGUGUGAGAUAUCAGUAUGGGGUGUGCAGUGAUGGGUUACAAAGGUGCUGGGUGCACAGGAUCCUGUACCUGGUGCAGGAUGCAGCUCGGGUUCGGGUGCUGGUACCGGUGCUGGCCGCACACACCGGACAGCGGCUGUAGGUGCCGGUGUAGGGCACGGGUGUGUGCGUGUGUGUGUGUGUGUGUGUGUGUGUGUGUGUUUUGACGUGAGGAAGUGCCAAAGCUGCAAUUGCUUUAGGAAGUCAAUCGCAGGGGCCGGGGGACGCGUGCGCAGUGCAGCCGCUCCGCUCCGCUCCGCUCCCGCUGCCUCUCCCUCUCCCUCCGGUGCCGAACCCGGGGGCAGCGCACGGGCGGCGGCCGUGGGCACGGGGCAGCGGACGGCGCUGCUCGACGGCGCGGAUGCCCGACCCGCUCCAGCCGUGUGGCUGCAGGGACGCUAACCGGGCUGCUCGGGUCACCCGCGGCCUGGGAGCAGCAGCGAGCAGCAGAAGAGCCCCUGGAGCACGACCCACCAACGGCCACCGUGUAUGAGGCUGGGACGCAGUACGCAGGACCUGCGUCCGCAGAGCCACCCCUUCCGAUGUCCCGGCAUGAGACUUCUCCGACAACGGUGCAACCCGCCAGCAACCACCGCCCCAACGCCUGCUGCUUCUGCUGGUGCUGCUGCUGCAGUUGUUCAUGGAACGAGGACCGGGAGCGAGCGUGGAGGGCAUCCCGGGAGACCAAACUGGAGACCAUCCCAAACUGUGAAGCGUGCUCCAAACCCACCACGGAGGAGGUGCGGGGCUGGGCGCAGUCCUUUGACAAGCUGAUGAAGAGCCCAGCUGGUCGCAACGUCUUCCGGGAGUUCUUGAGGACUGAGUACAGUGAGGAGAACAUGCUCUUCUGGCUGGCGUGCGAGGAGCUCAAAACCGAGUGCAACAAACACACCAUCGAUGAGAAGGCCAGGACCAUCUAUGAGGACUACAUCUCCAUCCUCUCGCCCAAGGAGGUGAGCCUGGACUCGCGGGUGCGGGAGGUGAUCAACAGGAAGAUGCAGGAGCCGUCCUCGCACACAUUCGACGACGCUCAGCUCCAGAUCUACACGCUGAUGCACAGAGACUCCUACCCUCGCUUCCUGAACUCUGCCAUAUACAAAUCGCUGCUCCAGAACGUCUCCCGCUCCUCCUCGGAGUCCUAAAGGCCGUGGGGACACCGGCGGGGGACGCGGCACCAGGAAGGGGGUGGGGAGGGGUGGGGGAGGCACGGCCCGGCUCUUCUUCACCCCCCCGUUUUUAGCUUUUUACCUGUGAGCCCUCGGUCUCAGGGCCACCCCCAGGGCCGUCCCCGGGGUGGGGGCACCGCGGCGGCUCAACUUGGGCUCGUACUACUGAACCCCGUCCCGACCGGAGGCAGCAGGGGGUGCCGAGGGCUCAGUGCCCACCCCCCACCCCCCCCGGCUGCACCGCACCCACUUUCGAAGAGGUCACUUUAUCCCUUCUCCAUCGCACCUGGGGAUGCAGCACAUCCCCAAUUCCCACCUGAGACCCCUUUGGGGGACUUGUUUUGUUCUGUGGGUUGUUUGGUUGUUGUUUUUUUUGGGGGGGAGGGGGUAGGGAGGAGGUCAA